AUAUACCAAUCGAGUGCUAACUUUUCAAAAAGUCUACACGGGAUGGUGUCGGGCGUAGGCGUAUGAUAACGGCAUGGCCGGAUUCAGACAAUAAUCGCCAUAUGAGAUCAGUAUUCAACAAAGAUAAUGUUGGAGGUACAUACAUAGAAGGCAUAAUGUAGUGUGCGAUUACAACAAACAAUGGCAGAUACCACGUCAUACCUUCAGACUAUUUUGGAGACUCAAAAACAACUUCAAGAAGCUACAAGAAGUAACAGUGUGAACAUAGCGAGAAUGCAUGGCGAGCUUACAGCCAGCAUGGGCAGCAUUAAGGCUCUUCUCCAUGUACUAAAUCAUCGCAUCGAAAACAAUGUCUUUUCCCCGUCGGUGUCGCGACAUUACGAGUCGCAACUAAGGUCACCUCCAGGUCACACACGUACAGGCGAAGAAGGUGACAUAAGCGGGACGGAGGGUGUACACAGAGAGUGUUUACAGGAACAUUUUGAGUACAUCGUCAAGGAACUAAUGAUAGACGGUACUACAUUCAUCGAUGAACUUCAAGAGGAUAGCUGUUUGACGGAGGGCGAGGUGUCCGAUAUACGUUACCAAAGGGAUAACAAAACAAAGAUACGGAAGCUCAUAUAUGCCAUUUACACCAGGGACAAAGCAACGUUUGGUAAAUUUAUGAAGAUGCUUCAACGUGACAAUAAUCAUGUUCAUGAAAAAAUCCAGCAGGCUUAUUCCACCAAACUGCAAGAAGGCCCUAGGUCUUCAGAAUGUUUGAUAUGUGUAAUCAAACGGGAUGUUGAUCUUCGCCGUGUGGCUGACAAGCUAUGUAGUCAUUUUAUCAUAGACAUGGACUACCUAAAUACAUUACUGUCGUUUUCAGAUCAUAGUCUACCAAGAGUUCGUAAAGAAUUCUGGGGAUAUGUUUUCGCACAAAUAGACAAAUCUUCUGAAAGGGCAGAAAAACUUUCAAAAUUACGCGAUGCAUUGCAUGAGAGUAAAUACAAAGGGCUUGCUGAGAAACUGGGAUAUUGGAAGCGUCCACAAAUGGCAUGUAAUUGCAAUCGCGUUUCGAGUCUAGGUUUUCAGGCGAACUUUUCAGAUUCAUUUAGUACUAGUACUAGCAUUGGUGACUUGAGCACCACGUCCAACAUUAGAUCAAAGAGUCAGGUGAGUUUGCAGUCAGUGUCUUCUCUAGAAGAGGAUGACGGUAUUGGCAGUCAGACAUUUGGCGGAAACAUUCCGUACACUGUGGCAUGGCUAAACAGUUCGCCGGCGACCAGCCAUGAAAGCGAACCCUGGUCAUACCCCGAAUCCGAGAAAAAUCUGUCAUCUUCAACUCAAGCAGUCCUCACAUCAGUAAACUCCGCGAAUGUCAUUACUGAUAACAAAGAAAACGCGAUCUCGCUUUCGCUUACAUCCAUUGUCAAUAAAUUAAACGAAGAUAAUGGUGAAGGUGAUAGACAUCAUGCCUCUAGCAGAUCUUUCCCGACACGACUCAACACUGUGAAAACAGACAUAAUGCAUACUCCGGAUGUAUCUACAGAUGAAGUUAGUUCUCUAUUGGAACCGCAGCGACUUGAACUGAACAUAGAAGCUGCAAACAAACUAAAAACAGAACUGGAAAUGAUGCCCACACCUUUGCCAGUUGUAGAUGCCUACACUGGACGAAAGAAAGUUUACACAAAGAAACGGCACACAAGAACCAGGUCUGAUGAUAGUUCAAAGAUCAGGCUGGAAUACGACCUGCUUCGUAGUGGAGAACAGGACCGACUUCGGCUGAUAAACGGGUUGGUAGAUACGCCCGAAAGAGGCAUAUCUGAAAUAUUUUACAGCAACAUCAACCGGAUUCCACAGAGGGACACAACAGACAAAAGUAUUAAAAGUGAAACAUGCGAUGAAACAUGUCACGUAUCAAAUACAGAUAACGGAAUACCAGUGACAACUCCUUAUCAUUCCCAAGCACUCGAGCAAACAUCUACCGACAAGACUAAGUCUCCAAUAUAUUCCCAAACAUUAUGCAGGUCGGAUAGAAACAACAAUCCCCAGUAUGCGACAGGUCUGAUAAUGCUGACUCCGUCAAGACACCUCGACCCCCUCUCGUCAGGGCUAGGGUCCCGUAAUGACAACACAGCCUGUACGAAAAAACGGAGCAAGAAAGAAAAGAACCGAAUGCGAAACCAACCAGGUCGCCUUAGAUUUGAUACUUAUUAAAUAUCAACCCGGUCGCCUUAGAUUGGAUACUUACUUAAUUGCAUGAUUCAAAUUAACUAUACUAACUGCUUAAAAUAAUGUAUAUGAACGUGUGAAGAUUUAUUAAUUACAAAAAUUGAUUAACAAAUUGGAAUGUCGAAUUGUUUACUCUUGAUUAAAUAACCUCUUUUGAGAUAACAGUAUUUAGAAAGCUUAAACAAUUUAUUGCGAUGACUACAUUAACUAAGCAGUUAACUAACUCGAAAGAUCUUCAAUGAGGCCAAUAAACCGUAUUGAGGAUGGUAUACACAAUAAUGGCGAUGUCAACAUUUACUAAGCAAUUAAGGUUAUGAAAUAAUCAUAAGAUCAUGGACUUCAGUGAAUGGUCAAACUAUCGAAGUAUGUUACCGGGGCCAAGUGUUAUUAGUCAACUCUAAUCCAUCUCCCGAAGACGCAUAUCAAAAUAAAUGAAAGGCAACGCCCCCACAUGUGUCUCCUAAUGUUAUGGAAUGUUUGAUGGUGUAGCAUGGGUAGCAGUAACAUGUAUUGUGUACGACUUAUACAUAAGACAACACGGCAAAACAUGUUCAACGAUUUAAUAGUACCUUUGUCAGUACUUUAUAGCAUAUAGCAUGGCCUGUCUAGGUUGUCCAGAUUAACCUUGUUAUUUUCUUAAGCAUUAGGAAUAAUCAUAGAAACAUAUUUAUUUUAUAUCUAAAAUGUAUUUUGUGUCAAAUUUAUCAGAGAAAUGUUCAUGUUUAACAUAUAAAAACGUGUGAAGCAUUAUUAAUUUCGUGAAAUGAAUUGAAUAAAAGAAAAAAGGGAUAAAAGAAAAGUUUCUUUUUAACUUGCUAAUCAUUCCUAUUGUGAUAUCGCCACCUGCUUCAAAUAUUUAUCCUGCUGCUUUUAUUAUCCUUUAUAUUGAAACAUUGGUAAAUCUCAAUGUUAACAUCCAUGGCAUAUCAGUACAUAAGUAUUUCACAUUGUGACGAUGAUACGCAAUUUCCGUUACAGCCCUCAGUGAAAGUGAAGAAUCUAUUGUUUAAAUAAAAGCUGAUUUUGUUUUAAAUAAACGAUCUGAUGUUAUAUUUUUAGUUUUAAAUGAACUUGUCCGCAGAUUUCAAGCUCAAACUGGGAUAAUAGUACAGGGGAUGAAAGAGAAAAAGUUGCAUAAAAAAUAUAACCUUGCUCAUCAUUCCUGUGGUGAUACAUGUGCAUGUAUCAGCACCUGCUUCAAGCAAAUAUGAAUCCUGAUAUUUCAACAAAUUAUGUAUAUUUACUUUACCCGCAGAAUUGAAACGUUGUAAAUAUCAAAUGCGCAUAAUAAUAGCUCAUGCCAUUACAAGCAUUCAACCGUUUGUACCAGCCUUAAAGUUAAAGUGAAGAUUCUAUAGCUUGAAUGAAACGGUAAUAUUUAAAAUUAACUACUUUAACGUACAUGUACUAUGUUUAAUUUUAAAUAAACCGUUCCUCAUUAUGCAACUUCAAUCGCUGAAUCCCUGAGACGAUACGUGUCAACGCUACAAAACAAACAAAUAUAGCGAACAUAUUAUAUCAACUUACUUCAUUUAAUAAAUGACAGCAGGUCGAUUCCAGCUCUGUUGUUUGAGUCAUAACAAAA